CAUAGCAUGAAUAAGAAGGAGCUGCUCCAUGGCUCAGGACCACUCUCCUAGGACUCCGGCUUCUUGACUUCUGCCCCUCCGCUCCUGCACCCCAAAACUCCAUCAUGGCUGGAGAAUUCUCUGCUGACCAGAUUGAGGACUUCAAAGAGUCCUUUGGUCUCUUCGACAGAGUUGGUGACAGCAAGGUUGCCUACAACCAGGUUGCUGACAUCAUGCGUGCCCUGGGACAGAACCCCACCAACAAAGACGUGAAGAAACUCCUGGGUGACCCAUCUGCUGACGAUAUGGCCAACAAAAGACUUGACUUUGAUGGUUUCCUGCCAAUGCUGAAGACCGUUGACGCCAACCAGAAGGGUACCUAUGAUGACUACGUUGAGGGUCUGCGCGUCUUUGACAAAGAGGGCAACGGCACAGUGAUGGGUGCUGAGCUGCGCAUUGUGCUCUCAACACUGGGUGAGAAGAUGUCCGAGCCCGAGAUCGAGUCUCUCAUGCAGGGACAGGAGGAUGAGAACGGCAGUGUCCACUAUGAGGCUUUCGUCAAGCACAUCCUGUCCGUGUAAGAGGCUGUCCGCUGAGAGAGUGGUGAAGAAGGCUGAACUAUAUCUGCAGACCCCAUGGUGUCAGGACAUCCAUUCUGUUUUGAAGACCAAUCAAUAAAAAGGACUAUGGGAUGUCACUUCUAAACCAUUCAGUUUUUUCCCCUUUAUUUGUUUUCUACCCUCUCGCCCACUUUUUUUUUUUUUUUGGAAGUUACAUCGUCCUUUCAUGCAGUUGACCCUCCUUGCCUUCUUGUUCCGCCCGGGGCGGCCGUCCACAGUCGGCUGGAGACCGGGGAAGAAAGAAAAGGCCACUCAUGAAGUGAGGGUUGGUUUCUUCUUUCUCCACCCAUCCGGGGUUACAACAGCACCGCUAGCUGUGUGUUAAAGGCACAUGACACUGCUGUGGCCAGGCUGCCAGUUUCCCCCAUCCCAAUUUUCACACAGUCAUUUCACAAUAAUUUUUUUCCAAAAGUACACAGAGUUGUUUUUUUGUACGCUAAUGAAUUUGGUCGUAACAUGAAACACAAAAGUAUCUGGUAAGAUACUACAUAAGAGACAACUAUAUGGGUGAUGCAAGUUUAAAAUCAGCUUACAUCAUUUGCAGAUCACUGACAAAAGUCCAAAAAUAAACAUAAAAUGCUGA